AGUUCGAAAUAUGGCAACUUUGAAAGAUAUUACCAGGCGACUGAAGUCAAUCAAAAACAUUCAGAAAAUUACCAAGUCUAUGAAAAUGGUAGCAGCAGCAAAAUAUGCCCGAGCAGAGAGGGAGCUGAAACCAGCUCGAGUAUAUGGAGUCGGAUCUCUCGCGCUCUAUGAGAAAGCUGAUAUUAAGGUUCCUGAAAACAAGAAGAGACACCUCAUUAUUGGUGUAUCCUCAGAUCGAGGGCUCUGUGGUGCUAUUCAUUCCUCGAUUGCAAAACAGAUAAAAAGUGAGGUGGCCGAGCUUACAGCAGCUGGAAAAGAAGUUAUGAUUGUUGGGAUUGGAGAUAAAAUCAGGGGCAUCUUGCAUAGGACUCAUUCGGACCAAUUUCUGGUAACAUUUAAAGAAGUGGGAAGGAAGCCUCCUACUUUUGGAGAUGCAUCAGUUAUUGCUCUUGAAUUGCUGAAUUCUGGCUAUGAAUUUGAUGAAGGAUCUAUCAUCUUUAAUCGAUUCAGGUCUGUCAUCUCCUAUAAGACUGAUGAAAAGCCCAUAUUUUCCCUUAAUACAAUUGCAAGUGCUGAAAGCAUGAGUAUCUAUGAUGAUAUUGAUGCUGAUGUGCUACAAAAUUACCAAGAAUACACUCUGGCAAACAUCAUCUACUACUCUCUGAAGGAGUCCACCACUAGUGAACAAAGUGCCAGGAUGACAGCUAUGGACAAUGCCAGCAAGAAUGCCUCUGAGAUGAUCGACAAACUAACUUUGACAUUCAACCGUACCCGCCAAGCUGUCAUCACAAAGGAGUUGAUUGAAAUCAUCUCUGGUGCUGCAGCUCUGUAAAGAAGAAAAGUUAAGCCAGCUCAUUUCAUUAUGCUUAAUGCUCUCCUUGUCAGA